GCUUCUCGUAAGCACUGACGGAUAGGGUAAGAAGUGAGAGUAUGGAGCGAAUUGAUAAGUUUGUCUGUUAUUGUCGGUCUAAUCAUUGAUUUCUUGACCUUUGUAUCUGUUUCUUCACUUAAUCUUUCCUUCUUUUGUUCACUUCCUAAAGCGCCCUUGAUGGGCUAGCUAAUAACAUCGACUUUCUAAUGUUUUCUUUCUGCGAUGCUAGUUGGAGGAUAUAGAUUUCCCUUAAUUCAUCUAAAAGCAACAUGUAUAAAAGAGACGAAGAUCAGAGCCAGGAUAGUCCGUUUGGCAUACCUCAAUCUUCAGAUAAUGAUGGAACGAGAAGUAGUAAUAAUGUCCCCUCCACAUCGUCAUCUACAAAUUCUUCCGGUCUUGAACCUCAUCUCAUUGCCUCCCCAGCAAGAGGUUUGGACCCAGGCUAUAUCAUCGGCAUACUAGCCGCAGUUGCUGUCUCCAUCUUUCUCAUAAUAGCUCUAACCGACAUCCUCCUCCUUUCUUCCCGUAUUCAGAAAUCGAUACGGAGGAAUAAAUUUCUGAAACUAAAUGGGAGACCAAAACCUAACUCUUCGCAACACCACUCUCAAUUUAAUAUGAAAUUAGAUACGAAACCGUUACCUACAAUACCUGAUCCGGCGUAUUUUUCAAAGAAUAUUGGAGCGAGUAAUAGGAGGAGUGACUUUUCGGGAUAUUCGGAGUCGAGGUACUCGAGGAGUAUGUCUUUUGAUAGUGGGGUGGGAUGGGGUAAAGAUGAGGAAGAAGGGUAUGCAAAGAGUUUUAUUGGGGGUGGGAGAGGGUGGGAUGAAAAAUCUUUGAGAUCGAUGGUGACGUCUGCGGGGCCUGCGAGGCAAGAGAGGGGGAGUGAAUAUAAUCGAGUAAUUAGACCGGACAUGGGAGUUGGAAAAUGGGCUGAUGAGGGGGAAAGUGAAUGGUAUUCAAUGUAUGAGGAAUCGAUUUAUACGGAUGAUGGACAAGAAAAUCCGAUUCCUGACACUUAUAAUCCUUCCAAUCCAUUUCAUUCACCUCAUGUAUCUCAAUCAAUGGAUCGCAGAGGAAACAAACCAUACGACGAGGAAAAUGCAAUCGGAUUAACAACAAGAGAAAGAGCGGAAAUCAAAAGAACGAAUACUACUCCAUAUACAUAUGAAGGAAAAAUAAAAGCGGGAAUGGGUGUGCAGAAAAGACAUACGAUGAUAUUUGUCAGGGAAGUGGAGGAGGUAAGGAGAGCUAUGGAGAGAAUGGAGAGGAUGGAGGAGAGGGAUAGAGUUAAUUUUGAGAUCUGGAAAAAGUUUUGGAGGAAAGGGGGUGAGGGGAAUGGGGGGAAAUAAUGGUAGAGGUUGGGGAAUAUAAAGAAGGGCUGGGGCUGGGAAGCAGGAGAAUUUGGGGAGAAAGGUCUUGGGGAUCUUGAGGAUUUGAAGUAAGGUGUAGGAUUGGGGAAAGAUUGGAGAAGACCAUGGUUCUUGUAUAUAGUGAUUUGAACGGGAUUCGAGAUUUGAAGUGGGAUUAGUGUGAUAACUUGUGAGCUACCAGCUGGAUACCUGGAGCCCGCUUGAAUAAUAUGUUGUGUAAUUCUUGGGCCAAUAAGUUCUAUCGUCUUGAGAUUUUGGUAGACACAAUGGAUCCAUCUAACUUUGAAUCCUCUACA